GUAAGUGUGUGUACGGCUGCUGGCCCCAUCAGCAGCAACAGACGCAGCAGAAGCAGCGGCGACGUGAUUUUAGUUUAGUUGCCGCUGCCGCAUCAGAUCGCACUUCGUCUUGCAGCGCACUGUAAUCGGUAAUCGGAAUCGGUCCGAAUAGUCGUUGGUUAUCGUUGCUGGCCGCCUCUUUUUUGUCACGAAAUACAUUUAAGAAUUUGGGAUACAAUUAUUAACAAUUGCAUUGACUGAACGCGCAACUCAAAUAGAGAAAAGUGCUGAGAAACCAUCAUCAACCAAAACUCAAACAAUAAUAUAAUUUCGAAGGCAGUGCGCUGUACGCUUAAAGUGCAUGUGUCUUUGCCCAAUAAACAAACAAACUUAACAACUACAAAAAAUAUAGUUAUGGAAGUCCUAAACACCAAUACGUAGCCCUCCGUUUCAACCCAGAUGCAGUACACGAAUUUGCAACAACGUUUUGUAAACACGGCGUAAACAUCAUUAGACGACAAAGUCUGAAAAUUAAAAAGUUAAUUGGGAGCUGCUACUUAAUGAAUAUUGGCCCGUGGAAGCAUACGCACUUGCAUCCGCAGUCGCAUCAGCACCCUCAUCCUCAACAACAGUCAAUUGGUCACGAUAUAGAUUCUCGAGUAAACUCUGGUUUUGGCUUGACAAGACAGAAAUGCAAUCAAAUUGACUACGCAUACCCACUGAUCAAUCAUGACCACCUUUCCUACCAAUUAUAUAAAUUUAACUCGCAAUUUAACCAUGCCCGGUGUUUGAGUUCCGCUGACACUUCGGGUAUCUAUUUUGACACCAAGUCCAACUCUGUAUCCAUGGUGAUGACACCCAGUCGGUGCAGCUCGCCGUUUUUGCCUCUCGCGUUACCAUUGUCGUCUACACCGAUACAUCAACAAGUUCAAGAACAGUUAUCAUCUAACUCUAUUCAAUCUCCACUUCAAUCGAAGACGCAUCGAACGUCACCGAGGCAAUCUAUAAGUGUAAAUUUAUCUCAAUUGGCCCACGCACAGCUACAGCUACAGAGCCAUCUGCACCAAAAGCUUUCCAUUAGCUAUUUUCGUAGUUCAGGCUCUCCAACGGACAGUGGUGGUGCUGGUGGUGGUGAAGGAGGAAAUGGCGGUAUUCAGAUUAGUGGUGAGUCCCUCGGACUCACGUUACCGCUCCAGCAAAAAUUAGGCGACACACAAAUAAAUUCUUUGAGUGAAUUUCAAAGUAUGCAGCCCUUUGAUUUUCGAAAGAUCAGGUCGGCCUCACUGAGUGCCUUCUCGAGUCCGAUACCACCCAGUCCAGCAGAAUUUUCAACUCAUCACCAACAUCGCAGUAACCAAUUUUAUAGCGCUAUGACCAUGGCUUACCAUUUACCACCACCACCUCCUCUGGCGGUUCCGUCUUCAAAACCACAGAAUUCCGGAUCCCAAUUGCAUCCACACAUCCACGCUUCUACUGCUCCUGAAAAAAAGGAGGCUAUCAGCAUGCAAAUUUGUGGAGGAAGCAAAGCCGACAGCUCCUCCGCCUCGGGAUCAGGGUCUAUGUCAGGCACUGGCUCAAUUCCGGGUACUACACCACAACGAAUAACCCGCUUGGUGCUAGCCCCCAAAAAAAAUCAUUUACCCAGCGGCGGCAGCAAUAAACGUCAGUGGGGCUCAAUGCCGGCCAAUUUGGGAACUCAAUUCAUCAACCCAGUGACUGGCAAAAAGAGGGUUCAGUGUAACGUGUGUCUGAAGACCUUCUGCGACAAAGGCGCACUGAAGAUUCACUUCUCUGCAGUUCAUUUGCGUGAAAUGCACAAAUGCACAGUGGAUGGUUGCAGCAUGAUGUUUAGCUCCCGACGCUCAAGAAAUCGACACAGCGCCAAUCCAAAUCCAAAGCUUCACUCUCCCCAUUUACGACGGAAAAUUUCUCCACAUGAUGGGCGUAGCGCCCAGCCACAUCCGCUUCUGUUACAAGCGCCUAACGGACUCAUGGCAGGUCUGACUCCGUUUGGCACUUUUCCUUUAUUAACACCCCCACCGGAUCUACGUCACCACCAUACUGUAAUGAGUGGUACAGGUACAGGAGCUACAUCAGCGGCCGGAGCUAUCGACUUAAAGCACGGUCAGGAGUAUAUGAAACGCUCCUAUUUAGACGACGGAAUGGUACCCGACUCCGGAAUUUUUGACGUACAACGUCAAAAAAUACAAGCGGAAGCAGAAGGGGACGAUGAAGAUGACGAUGAGAUACUCGAGGUCGGCAUUCACAUUGCAGAAGACGAUGAUGACGAUGCAGACGGAGAUGAUGAUGACGAUGAUGAUCUAGAAGGAAACGGUAUAUUGGUUGUUGCUGAUGAAUUGGAUAGCAUCUUUGAGGGGACUGAGCAGCAUAACUUUCAAAUAGGUCCCAAAAACGAAAUUUCGGAGACCAAAAAGGAACCCCCACUUGCUUCAGCCAGCCACAUUCACACCAAACAGUUGCGCAACUUAGAAAUGUUUUCUCUGCCCACUGGCGAAAAAGGCGGGACUCUUGCUCAAGUAGCAGCCAGCAAACGAAAAAGAAAAAGUCUAAAUCCCUUACGCUGCCCGAUUCAACCAGAGAGCUUUGCCGAUAGUUCACUGGACUGUGACGUUGUUGCAGACCUUUCGCUUAAAAAAAUAUGUUUACCUUCACAACCCAAAGAAAUCUGUUUACCAGCCAAAGAACCUGUGGAAGGCGAGUCCACCAAGGCGAUUCCAUCACCGCCGCUUACGCCCUAUGGCGAUCCUAAAGCCGCCGUAACUAUAAAGACCGAAUUCCCCGAUGAGUCGGAGCUAAGCCAAAAGGAAGAUAAUCUUUAUCUGCAAGGAACAGAAAUUAAGCUGGAGUCACCUGAGGAAAUUGGUUUUGACUCUGCUGAAAAGACAUAUUUGCAAAUUAAGCCCAAAUUUCCUGGUGACGACAGGUCUGAACUAAAAGAUUAUCAAUCUAAAAGCGUAAACAAUAACAAUGUGAUCAAAGAUAAACCUGAGGAGGUGACCGAACGUAAUGCAUCGAAUUAUCUGGAAACUGAUCUGGAGCUUGAAUCCGAGCCAGAGGUGCCCAUUGACCGAGAAAACCCUCUAAGAUGCAUGGCCUGUGGUGAAAUUUUUAAAAACCAUUUUCACUUAAAAACUCAUCAUCAAAGUGUGCAUCUUAAGCUCCAUCAUAAAUGCAACAUAGACGGCUGUAAUGCCGCGUUUUCCUCAAAACGUAGCCGAGACAGACACAGUUCAAAUCUAAAUCUUCACCGCAAGCUGCUUUCCACUAGUGACGACAACGGUACGCAUCCAGUUGUACUGCAGGAUCCGCUGCUGGAACUAAUGAGUCUCAACCUUAAUAACAACAAAGCCGCUAUCGGUGGCACUUCAACGUCUUUAUCUAUGGGCGUUGAUGGCGUUCCAGGGAUCGGCAGUAUACAAGCAGAAAUCCUGGCACGUAUUUGUGCCGGAGCGCGCGGGGCACUGAACGUUCCGCUUGGCUUCGAGGCUUUGCAGCAUCGCUUUGCCCUUAGUCAUGGACAUAGGCAUCCAUUAGGGAUCAAUCACUGUGGCAGCCCACUUCUUUUUCCUAGUCUGCAUCGGUUGCCGCGAUUUCCUCAGCUGACACCUAACAUACUUGCAGCAAGAGCAGUUGCAGGAGGAGGUGGGCUUGGACUUUUCUCCCGAAGAACUUCGUCCGACUCAAACUCGCAACACUCCAUAACUCCUCCAGACUCAAAAAGUCCAUCUCAGCGGCCAGAUGUAUUACCGUUGGCCGCAUCACACUCUCGAUCCGGCUCAGGAUCUGACUCACCAGACACUACGAUUGUUAAUUCUGCAUCACUAAGCGUGAUAGAAACUCCUGGUGCGUUAGAAGAAGCGGGUCAAGGGCGAAGCCCAAAUUUUAUAUCAUGACCUUGUACCUCGUACUUUCCCGAGGCGUUGGCGUUUUAUUAAUAAAAGCCAAUGCUUUGGACACACAUGUCAUUUACAAAACAAUUAAAAAAAUAGAUUAAAUAUUCAUGCAAUAUCAGGCUAAUUUUAGAAGUACAGAAUUGCUCAUAUAAACUCGAGGAAAUAAGGAAGCUAAAGCUUUAAACUUCCUUUACCAAUACGAAAUCGUUUCUCAAGGUUAGCGCAAAAAUAAUAAAUUAGAAGAGUAAUAUACAAUUUUUUUUAUAUAAAAAAAUAUACUAUUCCUGCGAGUCCUUUUUUAAGUAUGAGUUAAAGUAAAUUUUUUUUCUGUCAAGACUCGACUGAUGAGUUUCGAUAAAAAAAGUCAAAACUUAAAUAAAGCUUAAUAAAUUUGCAGUGUAUGUGUUUAUAUAAUAAUUUUAUGUUCAUAGUGGGUUUGGAACGCUAAAAAAUUAACAUUUUAAAUUAACUUAGAUAAUUUGCAGUGAUACUUGGUUAUAUAAUGAUUUUAUAGCUACUAUGCAACGCCUAUCGGAUGAGUAGUAUUUUUUUUUUUUUCCACAUAAAACCUUAAGUAAUUGUAAAGAAAAAUUAAACUAAAAACUCGAUGACUAAGGUAUUUUAAUUAACCCAAAUAAUAUAUAAAAUAUACUUUCUCUCUUAUUUAAAACUGAGAUAAUGAAGUCACCAGUUAGUUAUUAAUAAAAUCUUAAAAUUAAUUAUAUGUUUGCAAUAAAAUACAUGAAUUUUUCCAAACAUUUUGUUUUAUCCGUAAAGAAUUCGUUUUUCAUUAAGACUAGUUUAUACUAGUUUUUCGUUGGAGAAAAAAUAAAUAAAUAUUAAAUACACGCAAGGGGAAUUUUAAAGCAGUCAAAUUUGUUUUAGAAUUAUAUUUUGUUUUUAUGACAACGAAUAUUAUUCGGGGACUCUCCGCUAAUUACUACUGAUUAGAUUAUUACUCUUAUUUUCAUUUAUCUUAUCGCUAUUGUUGGUCACAAGCCGACUCUUCUCGACCGCUCGGCCCCGACUGCUUUAUCUUUAGCACUUAGCAUUAGCGAGCUUUCGCUCAGCUUAUGCUCUGAGGCGGGCUUUUACUUUCGCCUCUCAUCUCAUUGCAGACACAUUAUAAAUUGGAUCUUCUGUGCCUCUCUCCAUUUUCAUAUGAACGCGAAAUAAAGAAUAUUAUAAUGUUUUUAAAUAUAA